AUUCGUACCAGUCCAAGCAGCUGGUGACUUGGUCUAAAGUCUUCAUAGAAACAGAACAAGAUGAAAACUUUGCUUUUGUUGCUUCUCUUCUGUCGUGUUUCAUUAACAGUGAAACACACCCUGAAAAAUUACAUCACUGCAUCUGCUGGACUCACAAACCUACCAGAAUAUUUUUCUCUGACAGUGGUUGAUGACAUUCAGGGGAUUUACUGUGAACGUAGCAACAAGACUUUAGAGCCGAAACAGGACUGGAUGAAAACACUCUUUGACAACGAUCCUGAACAGAUGAAGUUCUACAAGGGGUGGUGUUUUUCAAGGUGUCCUUGUCUGUUCCAGUCCUGGAUUUCCAGUUUGAAGGAACGCCACAAUCAAAGUGAAGGUGUCCACAUCUUACAGCUAAUGCAAGGCUGUGAAUGGGACGAUGAGACUGGACAGGUUACUGCCUUCUGGCAGUACGGAUACAACGGAGAAGACUUCAUUACAUUUGAUCUGAAGACAGAGACAUGGAUCGCUCCAAAACCACAGGCUGUCUCCACCAAACUGAAAUGGGAUACUGAGACAUCUAGAAUGAAAUACAAUGUGUGGCUGAUCACCCAGAUUUUUCCUAAAUGGCUGAAGACGUAUGUGGAGUAUGGGAACACCACUCUGAUGAGGAAAGACGUCCCCUCAGUGUCCCUCCUCCAGAAGACUCCCUCCUCUCCAGUCAGCUGCCACGCUACAGGUUUCUACCCUGACAGAGCCACGAUGUUCUGGAGGAAAGAUGGAGAGGAGAUUCAUGAAGGAGUGGAACAUGGAGAGAUCCUCCCCAACCAUGAUGGAUCCUUCCAGAUGAAUGUUGACCUGGACAUUUCAUCAGUCUCACCUGAAGACUGGAGGAGGUACGACUGUGUGUUUCAUCUCUCUGGUGUGGAGGACGACAUCAUCACCGAACUGGAUGAAACACAGAUCAGAACCAACUGGGUGAAGCCCAGUAACAUGACCACCAACAUCACCAUCAUCUCUGCAGUGAUUGUUGUUGUCGUCGUCUUUGCAGCAGCUGCUGGAUUCAUGGUUCAUAGAAAGAAACAAGACCAAAAGGCUCCACCUGAUAGUGAAGUCAGCUCUGAGCUCUCUGAGAGACUGGAUCCAGAAACCUGACUGACAAACACCAUGAGUUUCUUUAUAUGGGAUCAUCUUUACUAAAUUGAUUCAAAGUUGUUGAAUAGAUUUGUUCUAUUUUAAAGUUCACCAUAACUUAAACACUUCACUAGUUUUCUUGAUGAUGUAAUAUUCUCUCUAUAAGGUCUGUGUGGAUGAGUAAGUGGAAUUUCAAAUAUGCUUUUUCAUUCCUCUGUCACAUGUUUACUUUUGAGAAACCAAAAUGUUUUUGAUUUGAUUCUAUUUCCACUUUUGGUUGGCACAGCCACCACAAAUCCAGUCAGCAGGUUUCAGUUAAACACAUUCACAUCAGUCCAACCAGCUGGUGACUAGGUCUAAAGUCUUUAUAGAAACAGAAAAAGAUUUCAAUGAUUUUUAUCAAGAUCAAUUAAUUCCGUUUCAAAUGAUCUCCUCAACCGUUUGUGAUUUCUCCAGACCUUUUCCUUCAUUUACUAAGAGUGACUCUU